UUAUGGUGUUGUGACUGGGCUGAAGCAAAUUCGCAAGUGACAGACUUGAUGCAUUACCGCACUCAGCGCGUCUCCCGCCAACUCGACAUUUCCAAUCUGGAAGUUGAGAUUUUUGGCGCGAGCUCCGGUAAUUUAUUCUUUUUCUUCCAUUGUUCGAAGAGACAUCUCGAGAACUCAAUGACGACGGAGACGCCUACGAUCAAGAGCCUGGCCGCAGUGCGAGUGCUGUCGCUGCGGUCUGUUCUCCCAAACUACCGAGCGCAAGGAGGUCUCUGGGAGAAGAUCUUUGGGUUUGCCAAAACUCAUGACGUCGUGGUCACUGGAGCAACAUUUGCCAUCAAUUACACUAAAGACGACAGACAAACCGACGUGGAGGUGGAAGUCUGUCUCCCCAUAGCGGACGACGCUCAAAUCCCGGAAGAAGCGCCUUUCAGCGUUCGCGAGGUGCCUGCAGUGGAUCGAGCUGCUGUCAUGGUGUACACUGGACCUUGUGAGGGGUACAUGUCCGCGUACCAGACGUUUUUCGGUUGGAUCCAUUCCGGGAAGCUCACACCUGCUGGGCCUUCACGUGAGGUAUACGUGAAGAGACCGACUGGCAACGAAGAGGAAGACCAGGACAGCGUGACGGAAAUCCAACUGCCUGUUGCCUAAAAAGAUCCUUUGAUCUGUGGACGCAAUUGAGAGAAAAAUACUUUGAAUCGAAGGACAUUUCGCUACUUAACUCAAUAUACGUUUGGUCUUAAGCCUUGGAGAAGAGGAGUGCUCUUUUCUCAGCCUAUAGGCUGCUGGAUCUCCGUCACGAA